AGAAGGAGGAGAAGAGCUCAGCAUACAGGAGCUGACUUCCAGUCUCUCGACGUACAAAGAUCAGCUUCACCAGGUAAAGGAGCUUUUAGCUGAUGAUCCUGCAAACUCUGAGUAUGCUGACAUGGCAAGAGAGCUCAAUGAGGAAUCAUGAUGUUGCUCAAACUAGCAACGCCAAUUAACUGCUAUGGCACCUGUGGAGGUUUAUUUUCAUUACAGGGUUGAAUAAGGUGAGGAUGGUUUGUGUGUUGAAUAAAGUUCAUACACUCCAGAAAUCGGAACUCUGGAGAAUUUAGAAUUUAGAAAAACAUUAGAUCCUUAGAGCUUCAUCAAGUAGCAUGUUACUUCUAUCUUGGUUCCUUUGCAGGUGUGCUAUGUAUGGUGAUGGUCAGCUUUCACUCUCUUUCACCUGAUAUCCGAUGUUCACGCUGAGAUUCUAAGUUUGAAAUUUGACAAUAAUUUUCUCUUUACAAUGUAGCGUCUAUUUGUAUGUAUGUUGUUUAAAUUUAUGUUUGGGCUUAAUUUAUGAUAAUGCAGGUAAUUGCUCUGACAGAAGAACUACUUGCAACUGCAAAGCAAAAUCAGAAUUCCGGAUUAGGUUUCGGGACAAGUGAUAGUGCAUCACCUAGUUUGCCUCAGACUCAGAGGAAUGAAAAUGAUUCAGGGAAUAUUUCCAUUUAUCAUGACAAGUUUCCUGUUGGCACAAAAGUUCAAGCUGUUUGGAGUGAAGAUGGGGAGUGGUAUGAUGCCACGAUCGAGUCUCUUACUCCGAAUGGGUACUUUGUUACUUAUGAGAGCUGGGGAAAUAAAGAAGAGGUGGAUCCAGACAAUGUCAGACCAAUUCAAGAAGGGGCUGUCAAUGCAUUGCUGGAAGCUGAAAGGGUUGCUGAGGCCACAAAACAAGCGCUUAAAAGGAAGAUUGCGCAAGCUGCUUCUGUUGAUUUCCAAUCACGAAGCUUACCAGCAAAACUUCGUAUAGAACCUGAUGAUCCAGAGGAUGUGAAAAUCACCAAACGUAAAAAGAUACAUGCUUUUAAGUCAAAGAUGAGGAUGGAACAACUGGAAGUUACACAGAAUAAACGUCAAAAUGCUUGGCAACAGUUCCAAACAACCAAGGGCAAGACUAAGAAGAUUGGUUUCUUUUCUGGACGCAAGCGUGAGAGCAUCUUCAAGUCUCCUGAGGAUCCUUUUGGGAAGGUUGGGGUGACUGGAAGUGGGAAAGGCUUGACAGAGUUUCAGAGGAGGGAAAAACACUUGCAUCUCAAAGGGGGAACAGGUGAGAAUGAUGAAGAGGCUCCUUAGCUCCCUACUGUCUCCCUGCACUUGCUUAGCGACGAAAAAGAAAAAAGAAACUACCCUGAUCUCUCAACUUGGUCAAAAGGUUUAGUCGUAAUUUGUUAGCUCAAAACCUGUGGUAUGCCAUUGCCAUAUGUAUUGUUCUUACCCUCGUGGUUAUUAUUGCCAUAACAGUUGUCUUGCCACCCCUUGAGUUUGAGUUGUAUUGUGUUAGGCGUUUAUGUCGUGAAAUGAAGCAAUGGUUUGAUUCCCA